UCAAUAUUUUCAUAUUGAAGAAAAUCUCGGCUCCUCGGAGGCAAUGCUCCAGGGGAAAACAAAAGAUCUCCCGCUUGGAGCAGUUUAAAACGCAGAAAUUAUCGCAUUGCAGCGUGAUAGAGUGAUAGAAGUGAAAAUGUGAUCACAACAUUAUAUUAAUCGGUAGAAAUCUGCUCGGCGAAGCACUCACAAAUGUAAUAACUCAAAUUUGGAGGUUGCGAAAGAAUAUUAUGCCUAAUAGUGACUCGUCCGGUGGAAUCUACUCCCCAAUUCCGCAGACCACAGUUACCGAUUCCGAGAGCGAAGAGGAUUUAUUGCACAGCGCAGUGCCGCAGGGUCUUUUCGCAGGUGGACGAUACACAAGGGCAACAAUCGCCAUGAACGGCGGCAGUGGUGGCAAGGGCAGAAUGCAUUUUGUUCCGGCCAAUGGUUCCGGCGCGGGUCAGCUCAGGAAUCACGUCGUCAGUGGGGAGAAUGGCAAUGCCAUAUGCAACAGUCUGUACAAUGGGCUGCCCAGCCCAAGUGACGCGGAAGACGCCAACGGAGUGUUCCACGCAGAUAAUGUGGCCAUUUUACAUGAGACCGAAUCGGUUUCCAGCAAGAAGAUGUCCUUCCCGAGGAAAUGCUGUUUCGUGGCUUCGCUAGCGGUUUGCUUUCUUUCGUUGGUCGUUUUCCUGUGGGUCAUUCCGUGCUCGGAUGAUAUGGCUUGCCCGGCGAGGGUUGAGCGGACAAAGACACAAAAUUGGAUUAGAAAUUAUGAAAAAAUAGAACUGAAGGGAGUCAUCAAUGUGGUUGAAGGCGUUCGCGGGAAAAGCAAGAACUUGAUUCUGAUGUAUCGUGGCGAUAAACUGUUCCCAGAGUUUGAAGAUUCGUACAAGCGCCGGAACGGAAUAAUUUCAUUGAUUGGAAGCACCGGAUUGGUUGCGUGGUACGAUCAAAUGAUUAACGAACCAAAGAGUAUUGAUUGUACUCUGAUCGAUGCGGAUUUGAAUGGAUCACCGGACUGUCUUAUCAUGGAUGAAUACGGUCAGCUGGAAUGCAUCAAUCCGCUGUCCGGUGAAUGGAUAUGGCAUUCGCCAAUUUACGACCGGAAGAAUGUUCUGAAACAAAAUGAUUUGCUCGAUUUCCCCUUAGUAAUUCCAGAUGUCGACGGGGAUGGUGUCAGAGAUCUUUUCUUUAUUACCAGUUUUGGUGAAACAAAACACAACAAGUUUGUGAUGAUCUCUGGACGAAAGGGCGAGCUCAUAGGGGACUCAUAUAUUGUGAAGGAAUGUAUAUACGUUCACAAGCUGAUGAUUGAUGCCGAGUAUAAUGUAAUGUUUAAUUGUGUCAAGGAAAAAUCCGAACAACAAAGAUCCAAGCCGCUGGCUGAAUUGUACAAGCUGAUCAAACGUAAGGCACUUGAUAUGAAAAAGAUCAAAACGCAGGUCGACCUGCCACAGCACAAAUUCUUUGGUCAACGAAAAAAUACCGAGAAACAAAGAACCAUCACGUCGGUAGGUGGGAAACAACUUGUCAUUGAAAAUCGAGGAAAAUGUCCGGAAAACUGCACAACCUCAGUCCUACUGACCGAGGAAGUUACAGGAAAACUUCUGUGGAAUGUUUCCGGGAAGCAACUUUACGGUAUGCAACCGGUUCGGUUGACUUUCAACAGUUUCGGAAUGGAUAACCGUUCCACAAUUUAUGGUUUUGUUAUAAAAUUCUGGGAAUGGAGCCAAGACGAACCGGACAAUCGUAGCACUCGCCACAAACGUGAACAACCGGAAGCGACAAAAGAAAGCCUAUUCGCUCAGCGUCUAGUCAAGAAACAAACAUGGGUUCUUCCAGAGGAUAACGGUGGCACGGAUGAGCCUGCAAAGAACCGAAGAAGUGUGAACCAAACCUUGAGACCGGGUACCUAUUACAAAACUAAGAUGCGUUACCUCAAGGAAACGGUCAAACUGAUCGUGUUCAAUUCGACCGACAUAAAAAUUGAAAACACCAGUCAGUCAAAUGUUAUUCAAUUUUGCCGUGAGAACGUGAAGGAUAGCAGCGACAUAAUCUGUCAACCGGAUCUCAACUAUCAGGAAAACUCGCUCAUGAUUGCGGACCUAGAUAACGAUGGUUCUCAGGAGCUGGUGUCGUACUAUUCGACGUUCAUCAAGGCGGAAAGUGAGGUGGGCGAACGUUCCGGCAUGAAGUUGAAAACAUUCGUUCAGCUUUUGCGCCUCGAAUCUGAACUACCGAAAUUGUACAAUACAAUCGAGACGAUUAAAAACUGAGCUGGUCGGGCAAUAGAAGUCUAAGCAGGGGGAACGGGGAGGGUUAAAUGUUUGUGUGAUCGCAUACCUAGUCGAAUUUUUGUUUGAUAUACUAUGAUAUAACAUGAUCUCAAUGUUUUUAGUGAGUGCCCAUGUGCGUGUAGGAUUAGUAGUUAUUGGCGUUAUAGCGUGCCAAUGACCGUAGAGGACGACUCAUCUAUCCAUCACCAACGUUAACUAUUUAUAUUGCACCACGCUUAGAUGUAUACUUAGAUAAGCGUUUAGUUGAACGAAACCAAAGCAGUAAAUGUAAAUGAUGAAAUAAUACGGAGAUACGAAUGAUAUUUGAAAUACAUUUUAUCGAUGAAAACUGAA